UCAUACGUAAUCUAUGGCCUAGUUGGAGUUGAAAGUCGAAAGUUGUCGCUGUCGCAAUUUCGUUUUGGCGACGUUAUCGUGCCAUGGGAAAAUUGGGCCCACUCAUUGGGCCGGCAGGCGUGUUUUGGUACACAUGGAGCUAUCUGUUAUCUUCAGCCAAUAAUAGCGCUAGAUUUCUUUAGUCGCGUGGUAAUGCCGCUAAAUAGAAACGGGUCCCAAGUUGCUUUAUUUUCGUAUACUGUAAUUCCAAGCUGUCGACAAUAACAAUUUAACGAUCAUCACCCUUCGAGAAGUACUUAAUAUUCUAUCUACAACAGAUUUAGAAAAAAAGAUGCCGGAUAAAUUAUCAAAGCAUAGAAUUAGAUAUUGAUUCGAACGCCUGACGAAGUCAUCAAAAAUCGAGGAGUAAAUAUUCUUACCGAUCGAAGAAGUUGGACAUUUCGCGAGAUUCGAGUAAAUAUUUCAGACAAGCUCGAAUCUAUUGCGUAAAAAAAAAGUGACAAUCGGGAAUGGGAAAAUCUUGGUAAAUCCGAGGUUCGAAAACGCAACCGCUCGUUUUCUGUCGGUAAAAAAAAAACUACCGGGACAUUAAUCUGACACGUGCGAUGCGCGAUGUGUGACUAGUCAACGACGACCGCGUGGUGCGUAAUAAUUACACGUAAAAUGGAGCGGAAACUUAACGUUUUCUUGAUUCUAAGUUGAAUCGUAUCGAAGAUUAGAGUGAAUUCGCGACGUGGGUCGAAGUCAAGAGCAGCGUUUUGCGUCUAGAAUGUUCUUUCUGCGGGCUGAAACCGUCGUUCGCAUUCUCCUGACCAUCCUGAUAGGAGGAACGUCGCGGAUCGGUGACGUUCUACUUUACCGGCUAAGCAGUCUCGAGCUACGCGCGGUAUCCGAUAACCUGACACAUGCUAUCGUCGGCGGCCUGAGCUGGUCCCUUAUCGUCGCACUCUCGGGUAAAUCGAUAGUUCGCAACGCGUUCGGCAUAGCGUUGUGCUUCGUAAUAUCAUCGCUCAUAGAUUUGGAUCAUUUUUUGUUAGCCAAAAGUUGGAGAUUGCGCGACGCUCGGAACUUGGAAGGGCAGAGGCCGAUCUUACAUUGCUCAUCGAUACCUUUGCUGCUCUUUCUGAUUAGCGCUAUAAGCUACAAGGUGUUCCACCAUUCGGCGUCGGGCUAUUACUUAUGGGUAAUUAUAACCGGUUUCCUCAGUCACCACAUCCGCGAUGCCACCAGAAGAGGGAUGUGGUUCCUCUUCCUCGGAUCAACGUCGCCUCUGCCCUACCAUCUCUACCUCUUCAUGGCCAUGGCUUUGCCCUACUCUCUGCAUUGGCUAAUGCCCCAAGAUUUCAUCCAAGAGGAUCACCGCCUGCAGCCUUCGGUCCUUCACGUUUGAGCUUUAACAAGUCCUUGACCUCUUGGAAAUGUCCUUCAAGUUUUCUCGUCCUUAUAAAGUCCUAGCGAUAUUCUAUUUUUAAGGCUUAUCGCGAACGAUAUUAUUUAUUUGCCUUCACUGAGUAACUGUUUUUAAAAUGUCGAUUUCCGCCUC